AUGAAGCAAGCGGCUGUACUUGUGCAUUGUCUAACUGGCGUUUCCCGCAGUGCCACUGUUGUAGCCGCAUAUUUGAUGACACUAUGCGAUAUGUCAUUUUUCAACGUUAUAAGCUUCAUAUCACGAAAAUGGCCGUUGUCAAUCCGGAUUUCGGUUUUCGCAUGCAACUAUGCAACUUUGCCGAUCGAUGAUUGCGCAACGAUGUCCCGUGAGAAACAUCAUACCAAAACAAGGUCAGGUCAGUCAAGGAGAUAUGAGUGA